UUUCGUAAGUUCGUUAACGAUUAGUAGCUAGCAGACAGACAUUGAAGUUUUAUCCGUUUUCCUCACUAGACCAAGACGGCAUUUGAAAAGUGUAAACAAACUGCCAAGGCCUAAAUGGUUUCAAUUUUUUUACGAUAGCUAGAGAAAAAGGUGUUAAAAGGACAAUGGAUGGGACUUGCAUUGCAACUGCCAAUGAACUCCAAUCAGAAAAUAUGGAUGAUGAUGGAAGGCCUAAAAGUACCAGUAGUGAUACAUCCAUCCCACUUGAAGAUGAUACCUUGGCGGACACUGUCAGUAAUAAAAAACCAGUUGUAGUUCCCAGCACAAUGUUUGAAUAUAUUGGACCUGUCACAGGAAAAGACAUGUCUCACUUUAAAUGCUUACUGGGCUGUUUACCUUCAUACAAUACCAACGGUUCUCCGAAGUACAUCUCUUGCUCGAACUACUCAAGAUUCAAUAUUCGCAGGCAUGUGAAGUUAAAGCACAUGGCUAGUCUGAAUCAGUUUGAUAAUGAAACAACAAAUUUACAUGGAUAUGCAACUGAAAAUGAACACCAAUCAGAAUUGGAUGAUGAUGGAAGGCCUAAAAGUACCAGUAGUGAUACAUCCAUCCCACUUGAAGAUGAUACCUUGGGGGACACUGUCAGUAAUAAAAAACCAGUUGUAGUUCCCAGCACAAUGUUUGAAUAUAUUGGGCCUGUCACAGGAACAGACAUGUCCCACUUCAAAUGCUUAAUGGGCUGUUUACCUACAUACAAUACCAACGGUUCUCCGAAGUACAUUUCUUGCUCGAACAACUCUAGAUUCAAUAUUCGCAGGCAUGUGAAGUCAAAGCACGAAGCUAAACUGAAGCAGUUUGAUAAUGAAACCAAAAAUUUGCAUGGAGAACCAACAAAAAAGAGGAGUAAAUCAUCAUCUCAGAAUCUGAAACAGAAUUGUCAAAAGAAUAAUGACAUUUCUAGUAAAACUGUGUCCUGCCAAACAGAAUUUGGUGAUUUAGGAUCUAAUGAUACCACCACCAAUCCACUCAAAGACAAAGAUCACUCUACCAAAUCCAUCGGAUUCAAGAAACCAAUCAAAGUUCCAAGAACAAUGUUUCAGUACAUUGGCCCUGGAAAAGGAACAGAAAUGUCGCUAUUUAAAUGUUUGCUUGGAUGUGUACCAAUGUACAACUCCAAUGGCACAGAAAAAUAUAUUUCUUGUGCCAACAGUUCACGGUUCAAUCUGCGCAGGCACGUCAAGUUCAAACACAAAUCCAAACUGCAUCUGUUCAAUGAAAAGUCCAAGCGGCAGCGUUCUUUGAAAGAAGAUCUCCCAGACAAACAGAGCGAAUCUACACGGUUUCAACUCAGACCAAUUCUCAACCAGCAAGAAAAUCCGCUUCGAGACAAAACAGUCGGGGAAACUCCCCAUAAGUCAUUAAGUAUAACGGAAGAUUCGGCAUCUUCCGCUAAUUCACUUGUUGAAACAGCCAGAGAUAAAAACCUCUCCGUUAUCGAAAGUUCGCCUUUACCUUUUGUUGAUGUCACGGAUUUUCUCCAGAUGACCCUUGAUGUUCGGCCAUCUUCAGCGAGAGGUGGAAAUGUACCUUCUUGUCCUAGUCAACAGGAGGCUGUAGAUCAAAGCGACUCCGCUUUAGAAAACCUAUCGAUCUCAUCGAAUCUUGUACGCCGAAUGUACUCUUCUUCUUCUUCGUCGAAAGAAAAAUCCACCGGGACGAUAGCCAACAAAGAUAGUAGUAUUGUUUCGAGGUUAAGUCGAUCCUUGUCGACACCAGAAAAUGAAAAUACUUUGCAGUCCUGUCAAGAAGCCAAACAGACAGAUUCACCUUCGAGUGUUGAUAUUGACUAUUUGCAUUUUCCUCGUGCAAUAACGGUAGAUCCAGUUUUCCAAGAUGAUAUAGAUGAACCAGACCCAAUAGUGAAUACACCGACAGCACUUUUUCGCCAUUCAUCUAGGUCCUCGCAAGCCAUUACAAAACAAGCUAUAACUACGAAAGAACUUUCAAAAACAGUAGAAGGCAGAAGUAUAAAAGAUGGUGCACAGUUGAACCCUCAUCUAAUAAAACCUUCUGCGCUCCCUCUGAAAGAGUUGAAAUUAUCGCCCAACGAAUCCACUGCCUUUCAAGAUUUAUUUGGUAAUCAUGUCUACUGGCUCCAGCUGAUCAAGCGGCCUAGACUUGUUGGCAACUCUGUUCUGUGGAACGAUGUGUACCAGGAGCUUCAGCCAACGCGAAUCGAUACCGUUCCGGGCAAAUGCGAAAUCAAGUUUCGAACAUUUUUACAUGGAAAUGUCAUCACCAAAUACUACAAACCGGUCAAGUUGAGUCAAAAAGCGAAUGACGCCAUCGAUAACUACCCAUUUGCCGCCUGGACACCACUGAUCACAGUCUCAAGCGAAACGAUUCACGUUUUAAAGCUCGCUCGCAUCACGGGGAUCGACGAUCCAAUGCUGCCACUCAUUCCAGAACUGAUCAUUUCUUGACAGUUGUUCUUAAUAUCUCACCCGGUUGUAAAAAUGUGGAUAUUAAACGGAUGAUUUCG